CAUGAUGUUCACAGUAGUUCACACACAUUGGUUGUGGUGUAAAAUGGAGCAUAUUGACUUCCAGUGACAACAGACGCUGCUUAAAUCCCAGCUCAGCCCCAGUCUACACCAGCCACAGGAGACUGACGCUGCGUGGACACUGGACCCUGGAGAGCAUUUGUAUGUGUGUGUAUGUGUGUAUAUAUAUAUGUGUGCAUGCUGGCACCUUGACACCCGAUCACUGUGCGCGCGCUGUGCCGUACCGUUCCAUUCUGCGCCGCGCCGUGCUUUAUUGCCGCUCAUCGCUCUGAAGCCAAAGGGAAAAAAAAAAAAAAAAAAAAAAAGGCUUUAACGGAUCGCACGCGUGGAAAGGGAGGCGGGCAGGCGGUGACAAACCCGGCUCAUUAAAACCUCUUUCUGCAGAAGCCUCCACCGGUGACGCGCAUUACUACUACAACUACACCUGCGGUAACCGGAGCUGAGGAACGGAGCCCCGAGCGCAAAAGUGACACGCGCGCGCAAAAGGUGUGGAGGAGAGAGGGCACCCGCUUGGGACAAUGGCACCGAAUCCGAGCCGUUGAUGGUUGAGAGGCGCACGCACAGCGGCGGCGGCAGACAUAGACACGUUGGGGAGGAUAACGGUGACAUGGCGCAAAUAGGCGACAUUUGAACUUUAGAGGAUCCGCUUGUGAGGAUUGUCAUAGAGAGCCCGGAACAGCCUGGAACAGCCUGGAUCAGAUCAGAGUUUGCAUCAGUGUGUCAAAAGGAGAGUCUGCGGUAUGGCGCGCGCUCACGGUCGUUUGUGGACCUGGCAGGUGCUUCUGACCAUCUCAAUGUUCAUCCUGCCCUUGUCUGCUCAUGGGAGGCAUUCACUGGCCAGGCAUCAUCAUCAUCAUAACCAAUCAUCGGUCAACAAAGAAGCCCUGAACGCCAGGAUGGUGCUCAGCGAUGACUCGGCAGAGAGAGACCACCUGAUCGGAGCAGGGAUCGGCUUGGGGUCUUCGCUCCCGCUGAGCUCCACCAAACGUCACCACUCUCAUAAACACGCCCACCUAGAUGUUGUAGAUGAAGACCCACCCAUGGGAGAAGAGCUCACUGCUGGAGGGGCAGGUCCAGACCAGCCCGGGAACCCCAUGUCCGACGACGUCAUCACCGUAGAGUUUCACAGCCCCGCACCAGAUAUUGUUCCCUCUGAUGUCUCUAUGGAGUGGGCUAAAGUCCCAAAACCCCAGAAGCAAAAAGGAGCUAAACCUACUGCGUGGACUCUCUCUGACUUUUACGACUACCUAUCCCCUGACGACGACCUCUCGGCAUUAGAUACUACCCCUGAACCUGAGCCCACUCCUUCACCCCCAGCUGACAUGGAAGAUGAAAACCCCCUUCUGGCCGGCGCCCCUGCUGUUCCUGAUAAAGUGAGACCCAAGGUGGAUAGCGGGCCAUCCUUACCGGCCCCUCCCAUGUCAGGGCUGGACAAGGAUGAUGGCCUUGGAGGCGCCAUGGGGGCUGAUGGCUGCAGGCUGGGCUUCGUGCGCUCUGGACCUGGGGUCUGUGUAUCUCAGUGCGACCUUGAACCCAACUUUUGUCUAAAUGGAGGCGUGUGCACUGUGGUGGCAGGCAUCGGAGCCUUCUGCAGGUGCAAUGUGCAGGACUACAUCUGGAACAAAGGCACACGUUGCGACUGGGCGGUCACAGAGUUCCAGGUGAUGUGUGUGGUGGUGGGCGUGGCCUCGGUGGUGCUCCUCCUCCUUUUCAUGAUCAUCGUAUUCUUUGCCAAGAGGCUACAUCGUCUCAAGAAUGAGAACAGGCGCCUUCGCAAACGCAGUAAGUACCGCCCACAGAGCACCGAGCCGCAGACGGACGGCCUCUCGGUUUCUACAACAGCCGACGGCUCACAGCCAAACGUAAGGAAACUGUGUGACACCCCUCCGCCCGCCCCCCAAGCUCACACUCACAACCUGGCGUACUAUGACAACAUUAUCUGUCAGAGGCCAUCGACAACAAGCUAUACCUGGGAAUAUAAACCCAGAAACCCUUAUAACCACUUCCAGGAUGAACCCCAGAAGCAGGAGGACCUGGCAAAAUCCCCCCAGUCCAAGGAAGAGGGGUCGAUGAACAUCCUCAACUCUCAUUCUCCUAAGCAUGAGAACAACCGUCCCACCUCUGUGGUCCACGACCAUGGCCACACUCCUAACAACACAGAGGAGAAUGCAGAGGAUGGAGUCACUAUCGGCCUGGAAGUGCUCCUCCCCAAAGAAGCCAAGCUGCACUCAGAGACCAGCCCUCCACUUCAGUACGAUGUCUUUCUCUACAAGGUUGCCAACAAUGGAGACUCCAUUACUCCUAAACAAACACCAGGCUCCGUUCACACCUCCAACUCUUACUCCACCCCAUACCCUGCACCUAAAUCACCCAAAACACCUAAGACACCAAAAACUCCCAAGUCACCUAAGGUACCUAAGUCACCCAAACACAUCCAAGACCACUCGCACAGUAACCGUGAGCCCUUGACCGGGAGGCACUCUUCACCCGGUCGCCACCCGUCACCCAGCCGCCACCCUUCACCCAGCCGUUACUCUGCACCCGGAUGCUAUCCACCCCCCGCCUGCCCUCCACCGUCCCACCACCCUCCCUCCCAGUAUAAUCGCAUGCCCUCCUCCUGCUCCCCGCCUCAGCUACGCAGGCCCAGAGGUCGGUCGCAGGCUCCUGGCUCGGCGUCCUCCAGAGAGUACCAGGGCGGAUACAUUUAUCCGUCUCCUUCCUCCCCUCACCUUACCCAGCCCCCUCCAUCACCCUCCAGGGUCAAGUGCAGUCCAGUCAGCACCCGGUCCCUACCACCCCUCUCCUGACCAGGCCUCCAUCAGCAUCCACGAAUGCGCAAAUCAUCAAUUUAAUCUAUCCAGCAACGUCGUCCAUCAUGGCUCUAACUUUUAAAAUAGCUUUCUCUUUUUUAGAUCAUCAGUCUGCAUCCAUUCAUUCAUUCAUCAUUCAUGCCUUUACCCCAACCUCCCUGUAUUUUUACCCAGAGGACGAACACAACACCUGGUCUACAGAGCCAGAAAUAUAUAACUGGGACAACUCUGCACAAAACCACAUUCAGUCAGACAUGGAUGCACCAAUAAACACUGCGUAAUUUUAAAACUUUUACACCUUUGUGUAAAUAAUAAACUGUCAAAGCUCAGGUUUUACUGCUCAGAUAAGCACACAUGAACUCACUCUCAUAGCAAGGUGCCAACAUCAGUGAGGAAAUGUUCAUAAAGGUUUUAUAGAAAUUUUUACUAUAGCUGUUCAAAGUAGAGUUAUCGAUGGUUUAUAUGUCUUUUGCUAUUCAGUGUAUAUGAUUGUUUCUUGUUUUCACAGGCUUUUUGGUAUGUUUUUCAUGUUUCUAAUCCUCAAUAAACUGAUAUUACAACAAAA